AUGGAAUCUUGGAAUGCUACCACCAUCAUGGAGUUCCAACUCCUAGGCUUUCAGAACAUCUCUGAGUGGCAAAAUUUUCUCUUUGUCAUCUUCCUCUUAUUCUACAUUAUGACUGUAAUUGGUAAUAUUAUAAUCAUUAUAGUGGUGAACCAGGAUCACCGGCUGCAUUUACCCAUGUAUUCCUUCCUCAAACACCUUUCUUUUUUAGAGAUCUGGUACACUACCACCAUUGUUCCCCUUCUCUUGUCCAACCUGCUUUCCCAGGGCUUGUCAAUCUCUUUCUCAGCAUGCAUAAUCCAACUUUACUUUUUUGUUUUUGGUGCUACUGAAUGCUUUCUUUUGGCCAUGAUGGCUUAUGACCGUUAUCUAGCUGUCUGUAAUCCUCUCCACUAUUCUAUCCUGAUGAGCUCUGAAGUCUGCACCAAGUUGGCGGUGGGAUCCUGGGUAACUGGGAUUGGUACUGGCUUUCUGCCUGCCUUAAUGAUCUCCAAAUUGAAUUUCUGUGGACCAAACCAAAUCAAUCACUUUUUCUGUGACCUCCCACCCCUGAUGCAGCUUUCCUGCUCCAGUACAUUCAUCACUGAAAUUACAAUCUUCAUCCUGUCCAUUGCUGUAUUGUGUAUUUGUUUUCUCCUUACUCUGGUCUCUUAUGUGUUCAUAGUGUCCUCAAUCUUGAAGAUUCCUUCAGCCUCUGGUCAGAUGAAGACAUUCUCUACGUGUGGCUCCCACUUGGCUGUGGUUGCUAUCUACUAUGGGACCAUGAUUUUCAUGUAUGUCCACCCCAAUGCCCAUCAGUCACCUGAACUCAACAAGAUCAUUUCCAUAUUCUACACAGUAGUCACACCCCUGCUAAAUCCUAUCAUUUAUAGCCUAAGGAAUAAAGACUUCAAAGAGGGUCUCAGAAAAGUCAUCAAGAAGAAGUGUGGUAUGUACAGAUUGUGA